AUGGACCAACAAAUAAGAGUUGCUGUUGUUGGAGUGACGUGGAUUUCAUUAGCUGCGUAUUCACUUGCUGCAAACGUUCUGCUUGCGUUUCUAAUUUGCAAAAGUAACGACAUGCGCAGAUAUACAAGCUACUGGAUCAUAAUCUCUGUUUCAUUGUGCGAUGCUGGAAUAACAAUAAUCAAUUUAUGCUACUUUAUUCCAUCCGUUUUAACACACGAUGCACCUUCAACGAAUGAAGUCACUUUUGACUUUUACAAUUGGAUUUGGGAUCUUUUUUGGUACACGGGAGUUGUGCACAUUGCCUUAAUGGCAAUGAAUAGAUUUGUAUGCAUCGUAUAUCCAUCAUAUUAUGCAGUUUUUUUCUCUCGCACAAGAACACUUCUUAUACUAUGUAUUAUCUAUAUCGUGGGAUUCACAAUCAAUUUUCCUACGCUCUUUCCA